AUGGAAACGAUAACCGCAGCAUUCGCAAAGAAACUCACGGAAGAAUGGGCGCGGAAAAGAACCCCACAGCAUUUUGUCUCCCACUACCAAAAUGUUUCCAAGCUGCGAGCCGAUCAUACAGAACAAAUCUUCCUGAGAAUUGGGUUCAAGGCUUGGAUCGCAUAUUUCCUCGCCACAAAGUAUUCGGCCAGACACUUCCAAGGCAAGGCUGCACAGACGCUUGCCAUCGGGAUUGUGGACAGGCUCUCUGUCAAAGAACGGGAAAGAAUUGCAACCGAUCUUCUCACUAUCCAAGUUCACCCAACCGUCGAGUCAAAGAUAGUGGAGCUGUCGAGGCGAUGCAGGCGUGGUGACCGUCGUACGAAAAAGCCCGCCUCACGCAAGACACCGAGUCGGACAGUGACUCCCCAACCUCUCUGGCAAGAUGGCCUGAUAUCCGAAAAUUUGGACACAGGUAGCACCAUAGGUGGCGAAGUUACGACAACCUCAGAAUCAAUACCUGUUCCGCGAGAGCUGGUCAGUAGUCAGAAUGCAACCUUCGGAUCCCCCGAGCAGGAAAGGGUCUCAGGACCUCUGAACACUCGACUACCUAUCCUUUUCCCUCAGUACACCUGUGGUGUGAUCAGGAAGACAGGUGAUAAGGCCUCUUUGUGGAUGACCUUCAAUCUUGACCCUGGAGUCCCUUGCAUCCUGAGUUUCUCUGUCCACUCGGAUAGACUCGAACAUUUUGCGAUGAGGUUAUUCGGCGCGCAUAUCGAGACAGAUGGUCGACUCCGUUAUGUCGUCUUGAAGGACGGACUGAAACUACAUCCCCGACCGUCUGUGACUCUCCAAGGUGCAAACCCCGAGCUCCUCCGCGCAGUUUGUGGCCUUGACGUGAGCCUGGCCAUUGAUCGAAGUCCGGUGCGAAGUGUAGAAGUUGAUCAAGCAAUUCUCGCCACAGCAUGCGCGUCCCUGGAAAUAAGCAGGAUAGCUCAAGAAGACGGUGUUCUCAACCUCAAUAUAUCAGAAGUGGACGGAUACCGCAUAAAAAAGAUAUUGUUUGAAUGA